AAGAUUAUUUCUUCUAGUGCUUGGGAUGCUUAUUAUUACUUGGGAAUCUAGUCUUCGUCUCUGUUUCUUCACUUUCCCUUUCUCCUGAAUUUUCUUGAUGCUCUCUCUUUCUGUUGCAUGGACAGAGGAAUCCCGCUUGAGUAAAGUACCUAUAUUUUAUUUUAUAUGAAAUUUAAUAUGGUGAAUUUCUCUUUCUAAAUAUCUAAAAUUUUAUUUUUUUCCCAAACUUAUUACAGUACAUGUUCUCCCAAAAACGGACUUUGUUUUGGAUUUCUCUGAAAGCUCCGGUGUCAGUACUUGUUUUAUUAUAGGACAAAAGACAUACAUAUAUUUUAUCUAGUAAUAUAUAUUUGGUGAACUCUGUUACUUUUUUUGGAAAAAAUAUUGAAUUUUUGAAGAUUUUGCCUGCAAAAGGAAAAAACAAAAGAAGGAAACGUCAUUCUUUGGUUUUGAGACGAUGAAGGUUUUGGUAACGUUCUUCUUUGCUUCAGUGGUAAAAUUAUGUUUAUAGAGGUCAUUAAAUGGCAAUGCAAAUUGCGAUUAGGAUCGCAAAGUGAUUUUAGCAAAUAGUGUUUGGUUUUAUGAAUCUGGAGAAUUUUAGGGAAAAGUUGAAACAAUUUGGAGGAUUUUCUGGACAGAUUUUUGUUGGGUUUGUAAAUUUUGCAUAUUUUUGGGCUGAGAGAUUUGUUUAAUUCUCUACAGUCUUUUUCCUGGUUGCUGGAGGAAUCAUUUCAUUUAUGUUUGACUGGAAGAGUACUUUGUUUAUGCAGAUGAUGAAUGAUUUGCAUUAGUUUCUUGGAGAUAUGGAGAAUACGUUACAAUCUAUUAUUUUUUUUUACCAUUACUUGAUUACUAUUCAAAACAUAAAAUAAAAUAAUAAUAAAUAAAUUAUUUUUUUACCAUGAAUGUUAAAGACUUGGAGUUGUAGAAUUGCACCAAGUACGGCAGCUUUGAUUAUUUUUUUACUAUCUUUAAAUUUGGAGAGAUGGGUUGUUUUGCAUCAAGAAUUGAUGAAGAAGAGAGGGUGAGAAUUAGCAAGGAGAGGAAGAUACUGAUGAAAAAGUUGUUAAGAUAUCGAGAAGAAUUUGCUAAUGCUCAGUUGGCAUACCUGAGAUCGUUGAAAAAUACUGGAGUUACUCUUAGGCAGUUUACUGAAUCUGAGUCACUGGAACUUGAGGACCCCACUUCUGUCCCUGCAUUGCCCCAUUCCCCUCCGAGUCAUUUGCCACCUUCUCCUCCACCUCUGCCUGCUUUCAGCCACGAUUUGAGAGAGUUCAAGGAUAAACAGCUGAAGGUUCAAGUUGCACAAGGAGAAAUAAUAGAAGUUGAUGAGGAGAGUCGUCACACCCCACCAUCACCUCCAGUUUCUAAGUCUCCAUGGGAAUAUUGGUAUCCCUUUGAUUCUUCAAUGGUUGAAUGUGAAAAAAAUUAUGACAAUGCGGAGCAGGUUGAGGAGGAAAUUUGGGAAGACGCAUAUACUGAAUUUGUGGAAGAAGAUGAUGAAGAGGAUGUUGUUGCCACUGCCAAUGUUGUCAUGCAUCCCAGGAAGCAGCAGACUGUUGAACUGGUUGAUGAAAAUUCGUCAGUUAUGAGCUGUCAUUCAAAGGAUACAGCAGAUAAGGCUAUGGUAGUUUGGCGGAAUAAGAAGACCUUGACUGGUAUUGUUAAGGACUUGGAUGACUACUUUGUGAAAGCAGCUGGUGGAGUGAAGGAUAUAAAUGUUUUUGUAGAUAUCAGUAUGGGCGACGUAUUCCUUUUUCGUAGUGUAAAAGAAAACAAGCGGAACAGAAGCAGUUCAGCAAAAGUCUUUAGCUCCCUGACAUGGAGUUGGCAUGCUAAAUCAUUUCGCUCUACGAGAGACACUGGAGAGGUCUAUAUCUCUGGUGAGCCGUGUAAGCCUGGAGCUCAUUGUAUCACCCUCCAAAAGCUUUAUGUAGAGGAGCAGAAGCUCUACAAGGCAGUCAAGGAGGAAGAGAAUGCCAAGGUGGAGCACCAUAGAAAAUCUUCAUCGCUAGAUAAACAAGAGGACAAGCACGAUAUGGCUAAAUAUGGGAAAACUUGUUCAGCUGUUGAAAGUUUGCAAUCUUACAUCUUAUCUCUGCAACAAUCAAUCAGUCAGUCUCACUCAACCAUAUUAAAGCUAAUAAACGAGGAGUUCCACCCUCAGCUGAUUGCACUAGCUUCUGGAUUGAUGCAUUUGUGGCAAACUCUUUAUGAGUGCCAUCGAGCCCAAAAUCAUAUAUCUCUGCAGCUGAAUCAUUUAGCAUAUCAGCAAAAUGCAGAAUUUAGUAGUGAAUACCAUCGGCAGGUUGCAGCUCAGCUGAAAACAGAAGUGACUUCUUGGCACAACAGUUUCUGCAAACUCAUAAAAUAUCAGCAAGAAUAUGUAAGAGCUCUCUGCAAAUGGACUGAACUGGCCAACUGCCUUAGAGAUAUCGACAGACGUGGUAAUUCAUCAAUGGUGCAUGCUCAUGCCCUUGCUGAAGAAUGGCUGCUUGCACUUGAUAAAUUACCUGAUAAGAUGGUAUUGGAGGCCAUUAAGAGUCUAUUAUCAGCUGUUCACUCAAUAAUCUUGCAGCAGCAAGUGGAAAUCAAUCUGCGUAAAAGAUCUGAUAAGCUAGGAAGAAAAUUGGAAAGCGAACUUACUUCUCUUUCAGAAUUGGAAAUGAAGUUUGAGGGCAGCCUCUCUACUACAGAUGCAAAUUCUGCCUUGACCUCGAAGAACCAGUUAUCAAUUAGGCGUGCUAAAGUCAAGGCCCUAAAGAGAAUAGCAGAUGAAGAGAGAGCCAAGUACUGUAAAUCUGUCCAAACGACCCAAACAAUGAUUCUGAACAACCUUCGUACAAGCCUUCCCAACGUGUUUCAAGCUUUAAUGGUGUAUUCAAAUGCUUAUUCUCAGAGCUUUGAGGUCAUUCUUGGAAGUGCCUCAAUAGUGGGACAUGACUACUUGCGACCUGCAACUUGAUUUAAAGAGGUUAGUUUUUUGGUAAACAUAAAACACAAAGUGGUUACUUGAUGUAUCCUUUGUUGUAGUUUGAAAAUGGCGGAAAAUGAUUGUGUAGUUGGUGUGAAAAUGUUCAUGACUGUAGGCUUUUUUGCUAGAAUGAAAACUUCAGUUUAUCCA